UUGAUUAAGACACUAGAAACAACUGAAGACUUUCUAUGUAGGCUUUGGAUGUUACAGUUCUCAGUCAAAAUGAGCGAAACUUCGUCCACUAGUAUUUCCAUGAUUCAUCGGACUUCUUCUGAAGGUCAAGUUCCUUCCCCGCGCCACCUGAGCAUCAUGCAUCCUGUUGUGGCCAAAAAGAUCAGCUUCUACAAGAGCGGAGACCCGCAAUUUGGCGGGGUCAGGGUGGUGGUCAACCCUCGUUCCUUCAAGACAUUUGAUGCUUUGCUGGAUAACUUGUCAAGGAAGGUGCCCUUACCUUUUGGGGUGAGGAAUAUCAGCACCCCGCGGGGAAGACACAGCAUCACACGCCUGGAGGAGCUAGAGGACGGCGAGUCCUACUUGUGCUCCCACCGCAGGAAGGUGCAGCCAGUGGAUCUCGACAAGGCCCGCCGGCGCCCACGACCCUGGCACAGCAGCCGGGCCAUCAGUGUGCAAGCGCACCAAGCCCCUCCAACCGCUGCAGCUGCCACUGCUGCUCCCGGCAUGCUGCGUGCCCCACGAAAGCUCUUGGUUUUUAGAAAUGGCGACCCCAAGAUGAGGCGUGUGGUGGUUAUGAACAGGAGAGUCACGCAGAGCUUCCAGGCGUUUCUGCAGCACCUGACAGAGGUCAUGCGGUUCCCGGUGACCAAGCUGUACGCUACAGACGGAAGGAAGGUUCCCAGUCUCCAAGCUGUGAUCCUUAGCUCUGGAGCUGUGGUGGCAGCAGGAAGAGAGCCAUUUAAACCAGGAAAUUAUGACAUCCAGAAGUACUUGCAUUCUGCAAGAUUACCAGGGAUCUCUCAUCAUGUAUACGCCAAGGGAAGUGCUAGGUCAGAAAGCAGAAAGAGUGGUAUCUGGAAAAUUUCCAUAAUCACCAGUGACUUGCCAAAUUCAGGGACCAGCUCACAGAUUUAUAUUAUACUGUAUGGACAACAUAGAAGUUCAGCUCCUAUAUAUCUUUAUGGAACAGAUGGAUCUCAAUUUCAGGAUGGCCAUGAAGACGUAUUUACUAUCAUGGUUGGAAACAUUGGAACACUCUUUAAGAUUCGUAUUGGUCAUACUAACUCUGGAUCCUCCCCUUCCUGGCACUGUAAAGAGAUACAAUUGUGGAACAUGAAUUCUGGAAAAGAGUUUUAUAUACCUGUUCAACGAUGGUUGGCACAAGAUCAAGAGGAUGGGGAAAUCUGUCGAGAAUUUCCUGUUUUAAACAAAGGACAACCCAUACUUCCAGUGACAGUAUACGAAGUGCAUGUGGCAACAGGUGAGCGUUGGAAUGCUGGAACAGGAGCAAGUGUGUACAUUUCUAUCUAUGGGGAAAAGGGAGAUUCAGGAUCUAGACAACUAUUUCGAUCAAAGAACUCCUUCAGUUUUUUAAGAGGACAAACUGACACCUUCUCCCUAGAAGCUGUGCACCUUGGGGAUUUGUAUAAGAUUGUCAUAGGUCAUGAUGGGGUUGGCCCAGGAAAUGGCUGGUUUCUUGAUGAUGUUGUAAUCAAGGAUCUGGUAACAAAUCGUGAAUAUACCUUCUUCUGUCACAGAUGGUUGGAUCAAGGGGAAGAUGAUGGUAAGAUUGCCAGAGAACUGCAUGUAAUGGAUAACAGCAUCAUCUUUGCAAGUCAGAAGCUAGAACUUAAUAGAAAAGAAACAUGGGCUGCAGAAAGAUGGAAGUUUAUGAAAGGAAAUACUCUACAAUUCUACAACAGGCUCACUGGAGGGUUUGUCCGUCUGCAUCCAGAUGGCACAGUUGAUGCAAUUGGAGAGAAGACAGACAAAUAUGGUCUCUUUGAUGUUAUUUUCAACAGAGGAAAUAUAUGCAUUUUCCAAAGUCAUGAAAUAAGACAUCUUUCUCUUGCUAUUGACAAUAGCAAUGUCACUGGAAUGGCUACUGGUGGAGCCUGUACUGAGCUGCGGGUGCUUUAUCAGCACGACCAUUGUGCACUUCUUGAGUCAGUGCUGGAUCCUGGUCAUGUAGUUACUGUUGAUCAUCAUGGCAAAAUAGCUGAUGAAUCAUCAGCAGGCUACGCAGACCUUUCAAAAGAAUUUGUGGUUUUUGUCAAGGGUGUGUUCCUCAACAGUGCUGUGGUUCUACUUGCUACCAGCCUGUGCCAAGCCCUGUGUCUCCAGCCUGAUGGGAGCUGCACUGGAGUGGGAAGCCAGUCUGAAAAAUCCUACUGGAAAGUGCAUAAAAUCAGCUCUGGUAUUUGCAUGUUUGAAAGUGUGAAAAAUGAACGGAUGUAUCUAAGGAUUAAGGAUGGCCAGUGUGAUGGAACAGGUACAGGAGAUACUGACUGUCAUUUUAAAAUUAAGAAGAACUUGGAAAAUGCAUCUAUAAGCCUGGAAUCCAUGAAAAGCCCAGGAUUGUUUGUUGGACUUCAGCCAGAUGGACAGGCAAAACCAGUUAUUUAUACUAAGAAUGGGAAUGUUUUCUUCUAUCCGCAGGUCAUCAAAUUUGGCAGAGAAAACCCAAUGGGUAUGUCAGCAACACCCAGCCAAGAGGAGGAAAAAAUCCAUGAGUCAAAAAACCAGCAAGAAACACUACCAGAAUCUGAGGCCAAGUGUUCCUUACUUUCUUCAGCUGCAAUAGUGAGAUACUAUGUUGAUGUCCAUACUGGGAAACUGAAGCAAGCAGAAACAGAAUCUGAAGUUUCCCUGUGUCUCUGUGGAGAGAGGGGAGACUCUGGUCUUAGACUGCUGGACAAAUCUAAUAUGCCAGUAAAAUUUCAAAGAGGACAGAAUGAUACAUUUCAAGUGGAAACAGUGUCACUUGGAAAACUGCAGAAGGUGCUGUUGCACUGCGAGGCCAGUGAGGAAUCCCAGUAUUGGUACUGUGAGAAGGUUGUGGUCAGAGAACCUGGGACUGCAUCGGAGUCUGUCUUCACCUGUGAAAGAUGGCUUCCCUUUAUGUCUCAGGGCACAAUUCAUUCAGAAAUUGAACUUUAUCUUGAAGAAAUGCAAAUAAAUCAUCAACCUAAAAUACAAGAGGAAGAAAAUGAAGGAGAUUGGAAGGUGACCAUAGUCACUGGGGAUCUUGAAAAUGCUGGCACUACAGCAACAGUAUCUCUUUAUGUCUAUGGAGAAGCAACAUGUUCAGGUCCUAUUAUUUUGGGAUCUGGAAAAUACCAGCUGUUUAGCCCUAACAGUGCAGAUAUAUUCAAGAUUAAUCUUAAAGAUAUUGGUGAAAUCUAUAAAGUACGCAUUGGACAUGACAACAGUGGAAAGGAUCCCGCAUGGUAUCUGGAAGAAAUUAGGCUUGAAAAUAUAGAUACAUGUGAGGUGUAUUGUCUAGCUGUUGACUCCUGGAUAGCUGAGAAUGAAAAUGGUGGAGAUCUAUGGAAAGAAGUGCCCAUGGCAAGAACUAAUAAAGCACCUUUACCAGUAGUGGUUUAUGAGAUCUACAUGUACACGGGCAGGAAGCCAGGCGCAGAGACAGAGGCUAACGUGGUUAUCAACCUCAUUGGCACCAGAGGAGAUUCAGGGAACCGAAGGCUUCAUCAAUCCCAAAAUAACACAGUCAAGUUUCGGCGUGGACAGGUUGAUAUUUUUUCCAUUGAGGCAGUGUCUCUGGGAAAACUGAAGAAAGUUCUGAUUAGUCAUGAUGGGACAGGUCCAGGUAAUGGAUGGUUUCUAGAGAGUAUUAUUGUUAAGUCUGAAGAGGAAGAUGGCAGUCAAGAAGUGCUGUUUCCAUGCAACCGGUGGCUAGAUGAGUACCAAGAUGAUGGCAGGACUGAACGAGAAUUGUUCGCAGAACAUGAAGUCUCACUGUGAAGGAGAGACUGAGUCUGUGGCCUCCUGAUGGGGUCAACACGUGUGUGUUGUGCCUUCAUGGUGCCUUCAAAAGGCUAUUGAUCUGCUGGUGAUAGUAUAUUUGCCCUCCUCUCAUACUGGAGCAAACAGCUGGGGAGGUCAGUUUAUUCUGUUCCCAUCCUUGCUUGAGAACCUCAACAGUUGGAAGAAGAGCCCACCAACAACUGACCAAGAUUAGUCUAUGAUAGAUGGAGUAGGGACACACACUGUUUCUUCUUAUGGGUGAAAUAGGUGAAGGGGAUUAAGAGUACACUUAUGGGGGCACCUGGAUGGCUCAGUGGGUUAAGCCUCUGCCUUCAGCUCAGGUCAUGAUCCCAGGGUCCUGGGAUCGAGCCCCGCAUCGGGCUCUCUGCUCAGCGGGGAGCCUGCUUCCUCCUCUCUCUGCCUGCUUCUCUGCCUACUUGUGAUCUCUGUCUGUCCAAUGAAUGAAUAAAAUAUUAAAAAAAAAGAGUACACUUAUGAUGAGCAUUGAAGAAUGUAUAGAAUUGUCAAAUCAGUAUGUUGUACACCUGAAACUGAUAUAGCACUAUAUAUUAACUGCACUGGAAUUAAAUUUUUUAAAAAAAUAUUGUUAAUCAGAGAAAGACAAUUGUCAUAUGAUUUCACUCAUAUGUGGAGUAAUAGAAACAGUCCGGACGAUAGCAGUGGAAGGGAAAGAAAACUGAAUGGGAAGUCACUAGAGAGGGAGAAAAACCGUGAUAGAUUCUUAACUAUGAGAAACAAACUGAGGGUUCCUGGAGGGGAGGUGGGUGGAAGAGUGGGGUAACCGGGUGAUGGACAGUAAGGAGGGAAUGUGAUGUGAUGAGCACUGGCUGUUAUAUGCAACUGAUCAAUCAAUGAACACUACAUCUGAAACUAAAUAUGUACUUCAUGUUGGCUAAUUAAAUUUAAAUUAGGAAAAUAAAAAUAAAGGUACACUGG